AUGGAUGAAAUAAUCCCGCAUCGCCAAUAUGCAAAUGAUGAGCAUUUUGGAAUGAUUGAUUUCAUGGAUGAGUCGAAUUUCGAUUUUAUGAAUAAUAAUAAUAUUAAUAAUAAUCAACAACCUAAUUUCAGUUUCAGUCAAGACUACAAUCAUCAGUUUUUCGAUCAGCCUGGCAUUGGUGGCGGAAACGGUAACGGCUACGGUGGUGGUGGUGGUGGAAGCGGUAGCGGCUAUGGUGGUGGUGGUGUCGUCUGGAACAUCAGCGAUCUUUUCCCGACUGCUCCGCCAGUAGAUUUGUUCGACUUCCAACACGUUGCUGGUGGUAGUAAUGUUUACCGUGAUUUUGGUUUACAGAAUGCAUGCGGCCAAAAGCCGGUGGCGGACGACCAGGAGGAAGAGGAGGAGGAGGAGGAGGAGGAAUGCUCAGCCAUUGCCGCCACAACCACCACCACGACAAGUACUACACCGACAAAGAAGAAUGCCGGUAAUAAGGUGGAUCGAUCAAGAACUUUGGUUUCCGAGCAGAAGAGAAGAAGCCGAAUGAAGGACACGCUCUAUACGCUGCGCUCAUUGGUUCCGAAUAUCACCAAGAUGGAUAAAGCUUCGAUAGUUGGGGACGCUAUUUCGUACGUGCAAAACUUGCAAACGCAGGCGAAGAAGCUCAAAUCCGAGAUUUUCAGUCUCGAGUCAUCGUUGGAAGGAAGAGACAAGCAUCAAGAAGUUGCCCAAAACAUGAAUAAUUAUAUGACAAAUUUCUAUCCCAUAACCAAGAAAAUUUUUAAGAUGGAUGUGUUUGAAGUGGAAGAAAGAGGGUUUUACGUGAAAAUAGUGUCGAACAAAGGCAAAGGUGUUGCUGCUUCCAUUUAUAAAGCCCUCGAAUCCCUAACAAGCUUCAAUGUUCGGAGCUCGAAUUUGGCUUCGUCAGGUGAAAACUAUGUCCUCACGUUCACUUUGCAUAUUGCGGAUGGGGAGAUGGAUAUAGACUUGCGAAAUAUGAAGCUGUGGAUUGCAUCUGUUUUUCUUAAUCAAGGAUUUGAGUUUCAGACAUGA